GCUUCAGAGCAGAUGGUGGUCAGUCUCCGUCUGUUCUCCGUCACUUCUGUGGAUUCUCCCACAGACCGAAGCUUCCAGUGGGAAUUCAUCUGUCCUGCGUGUUCGUCUGCGUCCGAACGCACCGAGGAUGAUGAUGCUGAACGAUCGCUGGACGAUCAUGAACAACAGCAGCUCAGAACUCGGCAGCAAACGGCCCGACAAACACAAGAAAUGCUGCAGCGUCCUGUUGUGGUCCGUCGUCGUGCUGAUCGUCAUAGCAGCCGUCGUCACGGUAACGCUCACCAUUCUAUACCUGUACCAGUAUCCGCUGCCCUUCAUCAGCAGUAACAGGGGCGGAGCCUCCUCCUCGCCUGUCAUCUCCACCAACACCAAAGACUCUGGCGCCCUGGUGACGGUGUCCCGCGUCGGGGACGGACAGCCAAUCAGCAUCUUCCUGGACCCCAACUGCCCAGACUACGGCGACAACUUCCUGCGGUGGGAGGCGCUGCAGAGCUCCCUGCUGCGGACGCUGAGCAAUCACAACGCAGACGACUGGCAGGAGAGGGGCGUGGCCCAGAAGCUGUCCGAGGAGCUGAAGGCGUUGGCGGGCCACGCCCAUAAUCUGCGACUGGAAGCCGACUCGCUGAAAAGAGGUCAGAGCGUUCUGGACCAGCGUCUGGACGCCAUGCAGAGCGAGCAGAGCCGCACCGUCCAGGUGCUGUCGGACAGUCACACAGGCGUACUGAAGCUGUCGGCGGAGUUCAGAGAUUCUCUGCUCAGCCUGCAGAGGGAGACGGAGAGUCUGAGGAGGCUGAGGAGUGAGCUGCACCGGGACGCCGGCCACGCGGGUCGUCCCAGGGACUGCAGUGACAUCCUGGCGUCCGGAUCGUCUCAGAGUGGAGUCUACUCCAUUUUUCCGACUCACGACCCCGAUGGUUUCAUGGUUUACUGCGACAUGACGACGGCCGGAGGAGGAUGGACGGUCAUUCAGAGGAGGGAGGACGGCUCUGUCAACUUCUUCAGAGACUGGAACGCGUACAGAGACGGAUUUGGCAAAACGACUGGAGAACACUGGCUGGGUCUGCAGAGGAUCUACUCUCUCACCCGUUCAGGGGGGAUGGAGUUACGCAUUGACAUGGCCGACUUCGACAACGCCACCGCUUUCGCUCAUUACGCUGAUUUUUCUGUCGGUCGAGACUCAGUGAAUCCUGAAGAGGAUGGAUACCCUCUGACCGUGGACCAGUACUCUGGGACGGCAGGUGACUCUCUCCUGAAGCAUUCUGGGAUGCAGUUCACCACCAAAGACCGAGACCAGGACCAGUCGGAGAACAACUGUGCUGCGUACUACCAGGGCGCCUGGUGGUACCGGAACUGCCACACCUCCAACCUGAACGGCCAGUACCUGAGAGGAGGCCACGCCUCCUAUGCCGACGGUGUGGAGUGGUCCAGUUGGACCGGGUGGCAGUACUCACUGAGGUUCACCGAGAUGAAGAUACGGCCCCGCCCCAAAUCCACCUCUGACCUCUGACCCCUGGAGUCAGAUGUUCUGAUCAUAACUUAUGUGAAAACAGCUGAUUUAACGUCACCAGGGAUUUACCGCAGUUUGUUAAUAAUGAAAGGGAAUAUUCAUUUUUAUGACAUAGGUAUGUUUUUAUGGAUCAGACAGUCUGUGCUAAAACAAAUAAACAUGUCCAGUUUGGAGGUUUUCUAGAGUUUCCUGCAUCUGGUGACUUUUAAGACCCUUUCUAAGACUUCUAUUUUUAAAGCAUCCAGCUAAAAAUGUUCUCCAGCUAGAUUUCAGCUCCCUCAGAGACAGUGAUGCUCUUUAUUCACAUACAGACGACAUGAAAAUGGAAGUCAGUGUGUGACAAGUGUGUUGUCCACUGAACUCAGCUGACCACACUGUAGCAGCAGACGUUAGCUCGAUGGCUAACAGCAGUUUAGCAUUGAUUUAAGAUGCAUCAGAAUGACCAGUGACAAAUCUUUUCCAGGUGGAUUUAAAAUGUCUUAAAGACAGUCAUUUCUCAGAUAAAAUUAUAUUUGUUAUGUGACGAUGUCACAGACAUACAAAUUACCACGUCAGGUAACUGGGUGGCAUCUGCAACUUUUCAAGUGUACUUUAGAUUCCCUAUACUGAUAAUGUACAACAAAGCUGCAGCAGCCGACAAAGCUGCAGCAGCCGACAUUAGCUACCAAGCUAACUGCAGCUAAAGUUAGCCACUGAGCUAACUGCAGCUAAAGUCAGCCACUGUGCUAACUGCAGCUAAAGUUAGCCACUGAGCUAACUGCAGCUAAUAUUAGCGACGCAGUUUUGUGGUCCAGACAAAUAGACUGAUAGGAAAUUACAUGAAGCUAAAUUUAUUUGAACAACGUAAAGAUUUGUUUGUGCUGCAGAUUCUGGAGUUGUGUAGAUGUUAGGUUUUCAAAACAAUAAGACGACACAACGAAAACAACAGUCACCAGAUCAUUUAUUUAUCCUCAGUAAAUAUAUAGUAAUAAGCUUCUAAGGAUUUCUACUGUGGGGAAUAAAAUUCUUCCAAUGCAAUAUUUGAAUUAUCUUGGAUAUAAACCGGGAACAAAAGUAUUUGAAAUGCAUGAAUAUUCCCAGUGAAGCAUCAUGUGACUUUUCUGGUUCAACCAAAGAAAUUAUUUCUGUAUUGUGUGUGAAAACAAUAAAGACCCAAUUUAU